AUUAUCGAUGCGGUACGCUAUUCCUUUGUCGCCCAUCACUAGAAUUGUUUUUUCAUAAAAUUGGUUUUGUAUAAAUUUAUUUCAUUUAUGGCGGACCAGUUAAAUAACGAGCCCACACCUCUGAUGUCCAUACGCUUUGAUCAGCAGAAGCACGAAAGUGUGGCUGCCAAUGGGAAUGAAAACGGCAAUGGGACUGGCGCUGACGAACCUUCUGAAGACGCGGAUGCCGGGAAAUCCGUUGGAGAACUAGUCCUUCCGAAGGCCCUGGAGGAUGUGUUAGCUUUAAAGGAUCAACGGGUGGCCGAGUUUACUUUAGACGCCGAUUCGCAAGGUGGCAGCGGGGGGGCUGCUCAGGAUGGCGACGAGGCGGAUGUGGGCGAGGAUAGUGAAGAUGAUGCGGAUAAUCAGGUAAAUGGAGGGGCUGGAAAGCCCGGCAAACAAAGCAAAGCGGAGCGAAACAAAAAGAAAAAGAAGCGCAAGAAGCAAAACAAGAAGAUACGCCACCAACUGGAGUUCGAGCGGCAACAGCAGUUGGCCCAGGCCGAUGAGCACGAGGCCGCUGCCCAGGAGAUAAAGGACCCAGACACGAAGGCACCGGGCAGUGAAGACGAACAGGUCUCCGAGAAGGAAAAGAAGGACAAACAUAAAGACAGUCGCAGUAAGCGAAGGAAGGAUCGUAGCGAUGAAAAGGAUAAGAAUAAAAAAUUAUCCGAGACUAAUGAUCAGGAUGUUACCAUAGAAUACGUGCCCGAAAAGAUUACCAUUGCCGAUCUAGCGCCCAUGUACCGACAGUUUUAUCGUGUUUUCGAAAUCUUCAAGCUGGAGAACAAACCAAAGCCAGCCGAAAAAGACAAGUCGUCGCUGGAUUCCGAAUCCAUUGCCAAGGAUAAAAAAACGGCCGACAAACUCCUCGAGGACGAGGACGACGAUGGCGAUGAUGACGACGAGCACAAGGAGGAUAAGGAGAAGCUGUCGAAGCGGAAGCUCAAGAAGCUUACUCGCCUAAGUGUGGCAGAAUUGAAGCAACUGGUCUCCCGACCUGAUGUAGUCGAGAUGCAUGAUGUAACAGCCAGAGAUCCAAAACUUUUGGUACAACUGAAGGCCUAUAGAAACACAGUACAAGUACCGCGACAUUGGUGCUUCAAACGAAAAUAUCUGCAGGGAAAAAGAGGCAUCGAGAAGCCUCCGUUUGACCUCCCAGCCUUUAUUAAAAAGACGGGAAUCAUGGAAAUGCGCGAGUCGCUGCAAGAGCGUGAAGACGCCAAAACCCUCAAGGCCAAGAUGCGUGAACGUGUACGACCCAAGAUGGGCAAGAUAGAUAUCGACUACCAAAAACUUCACGACGCCUUCUUCAAAUGGCAGACCAAGCCCCGCAUGACCAUUCAUGGCGAUCUUUACUAUGAGGGAAAGGAGUUUGAGACACGCCUAAAGGAGAAGAAACCGGGAGAUCUUUCUGAAGAGUUGCGUAUUGCUUUGGGAAUGCCUGUUGGUCCCAACUCCCACAAGAUUCCGCCGCCAUGGCUAAUUGCUCAACAACGCUACGGUCCGCCACCGUCGUACCCUAAUCUGAAAAUCCCCGGUCUAAAUGCGCCCAUCCCAGACGGAACCUCUUUCGGUUAUCAUGCCGGAGGUUGGGGCAAGCCACCAGUGGAUGAGAAUGGAAAGCCAUUGUAUGGUGACGUAUUUGGAACAAACAUAUUAGAUUUGGAUAAUGGCAUUGACGAGGCUGACAUAGAGCGUAAUCAAUGGGGUGAACUUGAAUCAGAAUCGGAAGAGUCUUCUGAAGAGGAGGAGGAAGAUGGAGAAGACUUGGGCGAUCAACAGGAUGAGACUGGCCUGGUCACGCCAGUAGAGGGAUUGGUAACACCUUCUGGACUCACCAGUGUUCCAGCUGGCAUGGAAACCCCUGAGAACAUAGAGCUUCGUAAGAAGAAAAUUGAAGCGGAAAUGGAGGACAAUGAAACCCCCGUUCUGUACCAAGUACUGCCGGAGAAGCGCACAGACCGCAUAGGCGCUUCCAUGAUGGGAUCAACCCACGUCUACGAUGUCAGUGGAGGUGGGGCUAACAAACAGCCUCCACCUCGAUCCACAACAGAUCGUGAGGGCAUCGUGGAACUGGCGCUUGAUCCAAGUGAAUUAGACAUGGACAACGAUGCCAUGGCCCAGCGUUAUGAGCAACAGAUGCGCGAGCAGCAGAAUCACCUGCAAAAAGAGGAUCUGUCGGACAUGUUGGCCGAGCAUGUGGCGCGGCAAAAAUCUAAGCGCAAACGACAGCAAACAGAUCCGGCCAAGACCACAAAGAAGUACAAGGAGUUCAAGUUUUAGUUCGACAACAAGAAAAACUACUUUUCCAUUUGUGCUUUUGUCAAGAAUGUCAUUAAAAAUAGUUUAAACUAAAA